AUGGAUGCCUCCUCAAAGAUGAUGAUGCUCUUAUCUCCCGUCUCAACCUCACUGCCUUCCCUGCACCGCCAUAGGUACAGUCUGUUGCACAGAAGAACAGGAGGGUCCCAUGUACCACUCAAGCUCAAGGUUCAAGCCAUGGCAAAAGAGAGUAGUGAAACUGACAAUGGAAUUGCUGAGAAAGCAGCGAUUGUUGGUGGAUUGGUCUCCACCCCAGUGAUUGCUUGGUCUCUCUACACCCUCAAGACGACCGGCUGCGGCCUACCGCCCGGACCGGGUGGCUCAAUCGGUGCACUUGAGGGUCUGAGCUAUCUGGUUGUUGUGGGGAUUGUGGCUUGGUCGUUGUACACCAAGACCAAAACUGGCUCAGGUUUACCUAAUGGGCCUUUUGGGUUGUUGGGAGCUGUGGAAGGAUUGUCUUACUUGUCAUUGCUUGCCAUUGUUGUUGUGUUUGCGUUGCAGUUCUUUGAGAAUGGUUCCAUCCCCGGCCCACUUCCCACUGACCAGUGCUUCGGCUGA